GGGGUCUGUCACUUCUUUGCUGAAUUGCUGAGCGAUCUUUUGAUCGAGGACAAGCAGCUCUCGGUCUCGGAACUCAGAUGCCUGAUCGUCCAUCCCGUUAUCACCAUCACCAUCCCCGUUUUAUACUAUACCAUCCUAUCCUCAUCGACUCCCCUCUCUUGACAACCUAGGGAUCUACAGAUCACAGAUCACCCUCACGAACUACCCACUCGCUUGCCCAGCUCUACACCCUCGAGGAGCAGUCCCCCCGCUCGAUCCCGAGUCUACGUUGCAAGCCUUCCUUUCCUCUCAGUAACCAUAUCGAUUUGGAUUCGCCUCCCAACGCCAAGAUACAUAUCACACGUGCGCAAUCAUGUCGUCUGAACACAAAAUCCCUGGCAAGAGCGAGCAAGGAGGCAAGGCCGGCGCUCCUGCAGAACGAACACAUAAGGACAAGAAGGAGCCUCCUCGUGAUCCAGAGGGGAUCAUCGAUAUGGACAUCCUAGGUCAGGUCUUUGAGAUGGACGAGCUGGAGGACGAGGAUGACGAGGAUGGCGCCGGGGGUGGCCACGAGUUUUCCAAGGGGAUCGUGUGGAACUACUUUGAGCAGGCCGAGAGCACGUUUGAAAAGAUGUAUGCCGCUUUAGAAUCCAAAGAUCUCCCCCAGCUAUCUUCGCUCGGUCAUUUUCUCAAGGGUUCUUCUGCCGCGCUCGGGGUGAGCAAAGUCAAGGACUCGUGCGAAAAGAUGCAGCACUACGGCAACCUGCGGGACGAGGAGGCUGCCAAGACGUUGAGCGAUGCCGAGGCGUUGCAGAAGAUCAAGGAACUCUUGGUCGAAGUCGAGGAGGAGUACGAGGAGGCUGCUGAAUGGUUGAAGCGAUACUACCGGGAGCAGGAGGAAGACCUAUAGAGACGAGGAGCUGGACGAGAGCUCCUCGGGACACGAACGCCGUGGACGUGACCGCCGAUCGGUCAGGCUUCCAGCAAGGACACCAUCGAUCGGACAACAUCGUCCACUGCCAAAUCAUCUACCUUUUGUCGAACGAUCACCCGAUACGAGUUGUAACAUCACAUCACUCCCUGAGACGGGAAAUACGUCGCCGGAUCACCUUGUUUCUGUCUGUCAAUCGAAUAUAAACGAAAGCCGCUCAUGGGGCAACCUCCCGCCUAUUGCGUCUUUUGCCUCGUUCGAGACAACGGACACCUGCUGUCGGGUUUGGGAUACCUAAUGACAUCGUUCGAAAUGCCAUCUCACCACUUCCCACGAACCUAAUGUUGGGCCUCCAUCCUAGCCGACGAAUCACCUCGCUUACUAUCUUCUUGCGCUGGAUGUCCGGGCCGCUGCCUUGCCUACCGAUUUGACG